AUGGCUAUCAUUGUCGGUGCUUUUACUACUUUCUACGCUCUCAUAUUCUGUAUUGGGGUAACGAGCAACCUUGUCAUUCUAGCUGGGUACUCUAAGAAGAAGAAGAAAAAUGGCACGGAUAUUUUCAUCAUGGGUUUAGCUGUAACCGAUUUCCUAUGCUCCGCAAUAUCUAUUUUGAAAUUCAGAGCAUGGAUAGCAAAUAACGCAUAUUGCAAGCUUCAAUUUGCCACCAAUGUAUGGUUUGCAAGUAGCCAGAUGGCGUUGACUCUCGUAAUUAACAUUGACAGGUACUUGGCGGUGUGUUUCCCGGUUCACCGCCGACCUACAGUUCGCCGCGCGGUCAUCACCGUUGCGUUUGCGUAUCUGGCUAUGUUUUUCUUCUUUGCCGCUCCGAGUCUUAUCCCGACGCAUUACGAUGACUUCAUCAAAGAUUGCAUGUACAGGUCGGAUAUCAAUUGGUUUAAUCAAUACGACAAAUACAUUGGGCAGGGGUUCAUCGUGGUCACGGUCUCUGUUUCCUUAUUGUUGUAUUUUCGUAUCAUCCUCGCUCUGCGUCGCCAGUCCAAAGUGCGUAGCAGUCUCCUCCCAAAUCUAUCCAGUUCUAAAGCUCCCCAUCGUGAAUUAGGGACCAGUUCUGCUAAUCUACCCAGAGUUGCCAAUGCUAUCUCUGAAGUACAUCAUGACAAGGCCUUAUCACAGAAUAGCCCAACUAAAGAGGGUGGUGUCAUCCGGGAUCGAGGUGGCUCAUUCGUUGUCCAGGAAAGAAUACUACAUCCGAGGGAAUAUGAAGCAGAAGAAGAUGGGGCUUCCACAAUCUCAGACCGAGGGUUACCCAAAUCCACCGACAUUGCCGAUGGCGGUACCGAACCAAAACAACCCCAGACUGGUCAACAAUCGGGAAGUGUUCCUGACGCACUUGAUGGGCCAUCAGGAACGGGUCCAACCUUGCUUUCAGCCAACAAACCGAACACGAAACCGAGCACCGUUAACGCCAACCAGCUAACAGAACGGAGAUUGACAUUGAUGUUGGGCUGCGUAACCGUCAUCUAUGCCGUCAGCCUGAUACCAAUGUUUGUUGGCCGUUACAUGCCGAUCGAGACUCGCAGAGUUUUCAUGAACAGGUCGAAUAUCCAUCAUACCAUCUACGCCAUCUUCAUUCGUCUUUAUGAGGUCAACUCGGUUAUCAACGUUUUCGUUUACUGGAAACUAAAUAGACGUUUUCGGAAGGAUUGUCAAGAAUUUCUUGCCAAGAUCAGGCGAACUAUCUGUAAGUGCAAGAUGCACUGA